UCCCCUUUGACCGGUAAAAUGUGUACAUUCUCAUUCCUCUGUUUCAUCAAAAGUAUACUUUAAAAGCACAAAAUGUUAUUGCCAGCAGUUGCUUUUGUUUGCUUCGUAAUUCCCUUCGUCGUGGUACUAUUCAAAAUCACAAGACCCCGUUUUCCAGCCAGAGUCAACUGUUGGUUUUGUGGGGUAAAAUCUUCUGUUCCGUACAGUAACAGAAACUCCUGGGACUGCUCCAAGUGUGAACAGUAUAAUGGGUUUGAUAAGGAUGGGAAUUACAAUAAACCAAUCCUAGCCCAAUAUGAUGAGAAGUUGAAUCGACCAUUCAAAUGUAAGGAGGCAGAGUUUCUGGGAGGUCAUGACCUCUUGUGUGACAGGUGCUCACAAAAUCAGCUGCUCAAGGUCAAGCAGCUGGCUAACUUCACUCCGUAUGAUGAGAAGAACUUUAACGCAGAAGUGGAGGCAUUCAGCAGACAUCUGGAGAAAGUUUACCGCCUUUGUCAGCAGUGUGAGAUCAAUGUCGCCCAGGAGCUUGAAACUCAGGAUGAGGCUAUAGCCAUGCGUCUCAGUCACCUGGAUGACUCACAGAGGAAUCUGAUAGGAUUAAAUUCUUACAGAGAGGAGCAGCAAACUUUAUUGCAUUCAAGCUACCGAGACCAUUCAUGGAACAAGAGUAUUGUGGCCAGUGUGGUGUUACAUGGUGUCUCACUUGGAUGUGCUGUCUUGCUAGCUGCCAGAGAAGUUGACCUGACUGGUAAAGCUGACUGGCAGAAGCUGCUACUACCACUGCACCCAUACCUACUGUGGCUGGAUCUUCAUACUCAAACAAUCACUGCUGUAGGGCUUACAUCUUGUAUACUGGCGAAACUCAUCCUUGGCAAAUACAGGUUACACAUUGUUGAUGUGCUUGGCUGCCCAUUUUGGCUGGUACUGCUAUUGUUGGAGACUGGUUACCUCCGUUUGACAUCUGAUUACCUGUUAUACUUCCUCGCUGGACUGGUCGCUAAUGUUUGUGUCUGUAUUGGCAGUCUAGUCACUAACAGAAGGAGGAGAAACCAGUCUGACAUCACAUUGACAAGACAACAACUGGACUCCAGUUUUUCUGACACAGCUAGCAGCGUUUCUCCUUUAUCAUCCGUUAGCCAGUUUCACAGUGAUGUCACUGAUAGGUCUGGGCAAAAUGAAAGGUCAAGGUUAGAAUGUGAUGAUAUGUCAGGGUCAAGGUCACCUGAUUAUCCAAGGUCAGAAGUCAGAAAUAUACAGGACAACGAGGUUACCACAUCCAGGCCUCAAAGUAAACGACAGAGAGUUAUGAAAUCAAAUGAGCCAAAUGAAAAUGGCCUUGACCCAAACAUUAAGGUGAAAACUGAGCCAGGUUUAGAUGAAAGUGUACAUGAAACUACAUUUGAACUGCAUGCCUGCAGUCUUGGGGAACCAGGCUUAAUUCCAAGGAACAACUCUGGCUUGUUUUCAACUGUGACACAGUCUACCACAGGAAGUAGCUCAGACCAGUCUACAAGAGGAAGUAUUUGUAACCAGUCUGUACUGGAUGGCCUGAGGUCACAGAGUCAAAAGAGGCCGCUCAUUUCUCCUGCUUUGUUUUCUCAUGCUUCAAGAAUGGAAAGCCAUAGAGGUUCACCAAACUUGCCAUCAACCUACCAGCCAAGCCUGUUUUUUGUUAAUUCUCCAGAUUUUCCUACCUCUUUUAAUCUCCAUGGCAACAACAGUCUUCAUAGCAACCACUCAUCAGUUUCCCAGUCCUCUGCCUUUACUCCAAUGAAGACUUCCAGCAAUCAUGAUCUACCUCACACCCCAAAACGAUCAUCUACUCCUGUGUCUUAUACUUUUGGUCAAUCACCAUUCUCCCGUUUGCCACACCGCAGUGAUAGCUUUUCUCAGCUUUCAUGGGCAUCAACUCCUACUCAAGGAAAUUCACAUAUCAGGUCAAGGUCAAGCUUAUCUGCUAGAAGAAACAACUGUAUGCCCAAGAGGUACUCCCCAGUGGUAAGAAGGGCGGAGAUGUCAGAUCAUUCCGAUGAAGAGCUGGAUAAUUUGACUGACUUCACAUCGGUGACUCAAAGAUGUAGGGUACACAGCACAUCUGGCUCAAUGCUUCAGGAAAACAGUGCAUCAGUUGGGUGGAAAUCUGGCCUGUUUGGGUUUGUUCUGGGAGGCAGUCUGGUUGCCAAUAUCAUGUUGGGGCUGUUUUCGUGGCAACAAACAUUGGACACGUGAAUGUGGGGGAAAUAUCAAUGUGUAGAACAUGGCCAUGUGGACAUAAACAAUCAUGUUACAGAUGACAAUGCACUGUUGUUAACAGUAAUGGAGACUGUGAUGUGAUGGUCAAAAGAACAAAUUGUACUUAGGACUUUUCAGAAAGGUUUCAGGGAAUGAAUUCCAUUCAUUAACAUACAAAUGUUUGAAAUUGGGAUUUUAAAGUGCUAGCAUAUUUCAAAUUUAUAGAAAAAUUGACAUAGAAAUCUUCUAGCUUUGGUCUAUUGUUUAUCAGCGUGAAUGAAAGCUUUUGAACAUUUAGAUUUCAUUUUGACCUGUGAAUGCACCUGUAUGUUCCAAAAUUCUGGGAAGGGGAGUUGAAUACGACUGAUACAUUUGAAAGCAUAUAUACAUUUGAAUACCAUAACUACAUUUGGAUACCUUACAUACAUACAUUUGUAUAUCACAAAUACAUUUGAAUACCACACACACUUUUGAAUACUACACACACAUUUGAAUACCUCACAUGAAUUUGAAUAUCACACAUACAUUUAAAUAUUGCACAUAAAUUUGAAUACCACACACACUUUUGAAUACCACACACACAUUUGAAUACCACACACACAUUUGAAUACCACACAUACAUUUGUAUAUCACACCUACAUUUGAAUACCACACACACUUUUGAAUACCA